CGGACAUCCGUAACCCGAUGUUUCGUACAAUGAAGCAGCUCUGUGCAGAGCACGUCGUACUGCCGCGAGCAUCCCUACUUUGUCCUCACGAGCUCGUCAUGGAAGGUGAACGUCCUAUCGCGUGGGGCGGAUUUGGUGUGAUAUACCGUGGACCAUUGCAAAGUGGUGGAAUCGUAGCUCUCAAAUCCUUCAUCGCUGCGCAGAAUGAGCACCCGCAACAAGUUCAAAAGCUUAUCUACAAGGAAGCCAUUCAAUGGCGACACCUCCAUCAUCCGAACGUUGUCCCAUUUUUAGGUGUCUGUGACAUGCCGCCACCACUCCGAUUGUGCAUUGUGAGCCACUGGAUGGAGAACGGUAACAUCAUGGACUUCUUGCGACAGAACCUGAGCGCAGACCGACAUCGACUGUUGGUGGAAAUUGCGACAGGACUUCAAUAUCUCCACUCGAAGGACAUUGUUCAUGGCGAUCUCAAAGGAGCAAACAUUCUCAUCAAUAACGGGGUUCCGCGUCUGGCCGACUUUGAUCUAGCGACUGUGGUGUAUCGCAUGCAGACAGUCAAUACUGCUUCCGGGUCGCACAGAGGUGGCACUUACCAUUGGAUGGCACCGGAACUUUUCGACCCCGAGAAAUUCGGCUUGCCUCAUGCACGGCCGUCCAAGGAAGCCGAUGUCUACGCACUUGCCAUGGUGAUGUGGGAGGUCUACACCGGCCUCGUCCCAUUCUACGAGUGUCGCAAUGAGGGGCAAGUGGACAACAAGAUCUUGUCUGGUGGAAGACCCAUUCGUUCUGAGGAUACUGUGCCGCCGGUCAUUCAGGACCACAUCUGGAUCCUCAUGAAGGCAUGUUGGGAUGCACAUCCGCAAGGUCGUCCGAAUAUCGACGAGGUACUCGAUCACUUGGGUGCUGAAGAUGGCAUGCAUGGCAUCGCAGUGAUGGAGCAAAAUCGCCUUCGGGGAUCUCCUCAUACGAGGUUAACAAGCGAGCAUAGUAGCGUUGACGUGCAAGCUAAUGAUCCGGUCGGCGUCCUAAACGUCCACGUGGAAUUUCAUCUCAGAAUAACCAAGCGCAUGCUUUUUUUUUGCAUACUCGUUUCCAAAUUAGGAAACUGACUAUGACGGAGAUCUUGAGAUCAUAAUCAUCUGAUAGACGUACGUGAACCCAAUAUACAGAUUUGGUAAUUUCCACCCACGAGGCUGUCG